CGACCUAAGCCUCAUUUCCUCCCGAGCUCGCAGCCAUCGAGUGGUUUUGCAAACAUAGUGCGAAUCGUAGCGGAUAAUUAAUUAACGGAUGUGUUUUGGAGACCGUAAUUUACAGAUAUUUCAGAAAUGAGUGGCAAAUCGACUCUGAAAUUUCUAAUUCCCGAGAGUUCAUGCCAGCGAGACUUUUCAGUCUUCGCUGUGUAUGCUGAUGGAACAAAAGACAAAGUUCUCCGUUGUGACUGGUUUGACAAGUACCUCUGUGACAAUGCUCCGGGAUAUACCCAUACAAUUGAAAACGACACCGCUCUAAUCACAGUGCCACGUGACUUGAAAAAGGAACCUGAAGUUUUUAUCUGUGAACCUUAUUUUCAACUUACCAACUUCACCAAAAGGUGCUUUUGCAAAAUGCAUGUACCAGCCAUUAUUAUCCCGGGACAGCCUGGCGGUGAUAGUCCUGAGCAGGUUGAUUUAAUCGGGGGCCUGAGCGUGCUCUCGGUCCUCUUGCUCCUGGUCCUGGUCGUGGUCGGGUUUUUAAUCUGCAAAUAUUGUCACAGACAAAACUCAUCAGAUUCCGAACAUGAUCGUAAUGUGAGGCCUAAUGAGCGUGAACCUUUGAAACAUCAAAAUUCUCGCCUUAAACCACCGAGGAUCGCUCAUUCCUACCCAGAUGUUGAGGAGGAGACAAGAAUACAAGUAUCCGAUCCCGAACGUAACAACAAAAGCAGAAGGGACACAAUAUAACUGUACAGAAAAUCCACCUUCUAGAACUGUUAACAUGAAAACAAACACGUCAGCUGUCCUCCAGACUUACAAAGAACAUUGAUGAGUUUGCCAACUUUCUUGUUGUGUGUUUUUAUCCAUUUUAUCGAUGAUGAUGACUGGAAUGGUGAUGGGAUUGGAAUGAUUUAUAUUUUUUAACAUACCAGGUGACUGUAACAUAAGAGUGUUUACAAUACAGAGACAGAGUGGAGGAAGAGAGAGAGAGACGUCCGUCUCUUUGCAAAUAAUUUUUAAAACUUGAGGACCUUUUUUUGAUACCAUUGUAUUACGGGAAAUACAAUCAGCUUUGUUUUUGCCUUCUUUGUAAGGUCCCAACAAAUUGCAACAAUCUGUAUGAUGUAAAUGCGCAGCUUUUUGUGAUGUUUUAAUAAGAUACUGGUAAAGCUGAAUGUUAAAGGUGUGUUCAGUGCCUGUACUUACAUACCUUAAUUGGUGUUUCGAAAAACCCAUUUGUAGGUUGACACAGGCUGCUGGUCUUUAGUAGACACCAAGUUCUCACCUUUGGCCCACAUACAUGUCCAUUAUCAAGCCAGCAUCUAGUCACAUCUUGUUGUGUGCUUUUAUGAAUUUGUACUGAACAUUAGUUCAUGUAAUUAUUACUGAAAUUAUUAUGUAGUGAUAACGAUGGUUCUUAAGAUAUAAGCAUGUCAUUGCCGUAGUAAGAAAACUGUUUUCAGCCCAACAGCUAUAGCUUCUAAGGAUAUUCGUGAAGUUAAAUGGGAAAGUUUUGUACCCAUCCAGAAAUGGAUAUAUAUAUAUAACAUAUUGAUUUUAAAUUAUGUUUAUCUUAAAAAAUGAUUUUUGUAUAAAAAUAACUCUUUCUAGGAUUUUUUUAGACUCACUAGUCUUCUGUGCUUGUAACCAUCUAGAAACAACUACAAGGUCAGGAUUAUUGCAUGCAUACUUAUUUAUAAAUGCUACGAACAAUGAAAAGAUGGAUGUACACUCACAGCUCCUAUAACAUUUUAUUGCUAAAAACCAACAAAGAUGGUUACCACAUAGAGUGCUGAUGAAUCAAAUGUUAGCAGGCAGUCAAACAUUUCCAGAAAAUUCUGGAUAAACAGACACUUCUAGCCUGCAUAAAAUAUCUACAUUGCUGUAAAUUUAAACUACAACAUUAAGUUAAAUAUGAUACAAUGGUUACCUUAAGUAGAAAUAAGGACAGACAGUCACAUUACACACUGACAAUACACAAGAGCAUUUGAAAACAUUAAAUGAACAAACUACUUUAAGACCAUGUUUAAUUCUUUUAAUGUUUCGUGCUUUAAAGCAUAUGUGUAUAUAUAAUGGAAAUAUGUUCAUUAAUUUGUAUAUAAGUCUUUCAAAUGUCAAAUAAUGCAUUUUUUCAACAGUGCUUUAGAAAAUAGACAUGCUAAUAUUGGUCAGCAUACCACUUUCUGUUUAUGUGGUUCAAUAUACGCCUUGCUUGUAAUGUUGUAGUACAGGUUUUUUAAAUCUCGUGUAUAUACUACUGCUUUGGAGUACUAUAGCCAUUGCCUCUAAGAGCCUUAUGAAGGGAUGUGUAUAAUACACAUAAAUGUAUGUUUGUGUGCUGAAAUCAACACAUUUGCUGUGUGUUUGUUUUGCGUAUGUUAAUCUGUAUUUAAUGCAUGAUUUCUUGUACGAAGAUUGUUUGGCCAUUAUAACAAAAGAAAAUAAAGAAGCUUUUAUUGAAGUCUAAA